AGCUCUGUGUGACACGUAAUCUGCGUCUGUGUUUUCUAUAGAAAGCCCUUUAAAUCUGUUAUUCUAACGAAUCAAUAAACGAAAUUCUACACUCUGUUUACAAUAUUGAUAAGAAUAAAAACGUUAAUUUCGAUUAUAAAUCAUGUUUUAUUUAAUAGGAUUAGGGCUGGGCGAUGUGAAAGAUAUUACUGUCAAAGGACUCGAAAUUAUUAAGAAAUGCAAUCGCGUGUAUUUGGAGUCUUACACCUCUAUUUUGACAGUGCAGCAAGAAACUUUGGAAGAGUUCUAUGGGUGCCCGUUGAUUGUAGCUGAUCGCGAAUUAGUAGAGAGCUGUGCAGAUGAGAUAUUGCCAAAAGAAGAUGAGGAUGUAGCUUUCUUGGUGGUAGGAGAUCCCUUUGGUGCUACCACACAUACAGAUUUAGUACUUCGUGCAAAGGAAAAGGAUAUACAGGUAAAAGUUAUACACAAUUCGUCGAUAUUAACUGCAGUUGGAUGUUGCGGCUUGCAGUUGUAUUCGUAUGGAGAGACUGUUUCAAUUCCAUAUUGGACUGACACUUGGCAGCCUGAUAGUUUCUAUGAAAGGAUAAUUUCUAACAGACAGAGAGACUUGCACACAUUAUGUCUCUUAGAUAUCAAAGUUAAAGAGCCUACUUUGGAGAGUAUUUUGAAAAAAAAGAAAGACUAUAUGCCUCCUAAAUUUAUGAGUGUCAACGAAGCGGCUAAUCAAUUGAUAGAAGUACUCAAUAAUAAGAUUCAGGAUAGUCAGAUUACAGAACUUACGGAUCAGUGUUUAGCAGUGGGCCUAGCUCGAGUGGGCUGUGAGGACCAGCGUAUCGUCGUUUGUUCUCUGCAAGAUAUGACGAGUGUCGAUCUGGGACCACCGUUGCAUUGUCUCGUUGUGCCAGCUAAAAGAAUGCAUCCUCUAGAGAUAGAAUUUCUAAAGCAGUACGCACUGGACGAGAAGCGGUUCAAGGAAAUGACGCAAUAGAGUUUCAUUUUUUACCCAGUGGAAGAAUAAAGUUACUGAUUUUAAUUGUUAA